AGAGACAAGCUAGCAGGCUGUGAAGCGUGCACUGAGUUAGCAGCAGAGGCGCCCACUUACUCAGCAAUCAAUAAAGAGAAGAUGGAAAACGAGAAUUAGCUCCUCUCUGCGGCUACCGACCAAAUAUAUAUUAAAUAAAACCAAGGGGGAGAAAGGGGAAGAAAUCAGAGUGAAAUAGACAGACAGAGAGAGCAGGGGAAUCAUUGGAAGAGGAAAAGGUGCAGGAGCGAAUUGCAACAGUUUUUCCAACUCCUCGGCAAACGGCAUUCUACAAGUAGUUUAAUCCCGGUCGGUCGAUAUGGACGAGAACCAAAGCAGUAUAGAGAGCAAUGAGACAGCGGCAGGGGAGUCGGCCGCAGGAGAGCAGCAGCAGAUCAGCGUGGACAGUUUCAUUGUCCUCUUCAUCUUCAGCCUGAUCUUCUGCCUCGGGGUCCUGGGCAACUCGCUGGUUAUCACGGUGCUGGCCCGCAGCACACCGGGCAAAGCGCUCAGCACCACCAACAUCUUCAUCCUCAACCUGAGCAUCGCUGACCUCUCCUACCUGCUGUUCUGCAUCCCCUUCCAGGCCACUUACUAUGUCCUGCCCCGCUGGAUCUUCGGCGGCUUCAUCUGCAAGUUCGUCCACUAUUUCUUCACCGUGUCGGUGCUGGUCAGCAUCUUCACCCUGUCGGCCAUGGCCGUGGACCGUUACAUCGCCAUCGUCCACUCGCGGAAGUCAUCCUGCAUUCGGGUGUCCAGGAACGCCGUGCUCAGUGUCAUCUUCAUCUGGCUCCUGUCCCUGGCCACCGCUUCGCCGGUCGCUUACUAUCACAUGCUGGUUCGCAAGAAAGACCAGGGUCCCUUCUGCUGGGAGAACUGGAGCGUCCUCAGUCACAGGCAGAUCUACAAGGUGGCCACUUUCGUGGUGGGUUACCUACUGCCCCUGCUUCUCAUCUGCUACUGUUACGCCAAGGUGCUGAAUCACUUGCACAAAAAAUUACGUAAUAUGUCGAAGAAAUCAGAAACAUCUAAGAAGAAGACUGCCCAAACUGUGCUGGUGGUGAUUGUCGUCUUCUGCGUUUCCUGGCUACCAAACCAUGUGAUCAACCUGUGGACUGAGUUUGGCAGUUUCCCACUCACGGAUGCCUCCUUUGCCUUCAGGAUAGCCGCACACUGCCUGGCUUACAGCAAUUCCUCUGUCAACCCUAUCAUUUAUGCCUUCCUUUCCGAGAAUUUCCGCAAGUCCUACCAGCAAGUGUUCAAAUGUAAGAUCCGCAGCACCUCUCCCUUAAAUGAUGGCAAGGAAUAUCGAACACAAUCUGAAGUCAUGCCAUCUACCAGCUGUACCAAUGUGUGAGUGGUGAAUCUGGGUAACUGGGACAGCUGCAUAUGACAGGAGUUAAUGAGCCCGAGCCAAUGAAGGAAAUGGUUUACGUCAAUGGAGAUAAUCCUCCAGGGCCCAGACUUCAACAUUGUUUUCACUUCAUUUCAACAUUUUGCAGUUCAACUCACACCAAGUUUCAUUCAUGUAAAAGUCCCUCUACGUUAGCUCGAUACCUACCAAAGCAUGGUGAUUAAACUUUGUAUCCUUUUUUCCAUCUCUCAUAGCCUCUUGCCUCACCCCUCCCUAUCUCUGUGUCUGCAGCAGGAGUGAGGGGAUGCUGUAUGCAGGAGAGAUGUAGUGGAGGUCAUAUUAGCCUGAUGGGAACAGCUGGCUAGUUACUGCAUGAACUCUAGCUUUAGGAGAGAUAUCGAUCUCCAGAACUCCUCGCUCCUUAAUGGUAAGUCUCAGCCAGCAGAUGACACCAGCCUUGUCUGUAAAAAGCUAUGUUGCUCUGACCUGCUGCUAUGUAGCUGACCCCUCAAAUCACAGAUCAGCUAACUUGGCAUUCGAGGCCCGUGCGAAAUUGAUGUCAGUGGAAGAUUGCUGUUAAUUAUGUAAAUAUCCACCUCCAUUGGCUUCCCAUCCCUGCUAAGCAGGUUGCUGACAUCAGACUCAAUCCACUCCUCAGAAAAGUAGGUGGGAAUGUGCCAAGAAAACAAACGACACAUUUUUCAUUUGUUCCAGCCAUUCUUCCUGAGAAUGAUCAACCUGAACAAAACCUGUCAGAACUAUCAAAGCAUGUGAAUGAAAAGGCGUCAAAUUGCCUUGUAAAUAUUUUAUUUUGGGAACUUGGCAGUUGGUAACGUUUUGAAUUGAUGUCAGUACCAUAUAUUACAGUUUUAAUCCUAGGAAAGCAACGAAGUCUGAAAACAAAAUUCAAAAAUUCGGUUGAGCAUUUUACCUUGCUAUCAUAACGUGGCUAAUAAGCUGUGGUCUUGAAGACUCUAAAUGUUUAUUUUUACUGUUAUAUCUUUAGUGUCUCAGCCAAGAGAUGAUGUAUGUGAAUCAAUAAUCUCACUAUGUUAAAUAUGGUUUUGACAGAGAUGAAUGAAUAUAUCAAUAUUUAAAUAAAUGUUAUUUAUAAUGCACACAUGCUUUAUAUUGUGUGUGCCUGUAAUAGUGGAUAUCUUGUGUGUCAAUCUAACUUGUGCCAAGGUUUCUAAUGCUUGAAAUGGUAAUGUGACAAUUUUACUGUUCUGAGCCAUGUGUUUUCCUAAUUUUUUCCAAUGUACCUUUCAUGUAGAGGAUCAACAUUCCCUAAGUGUUUUGCUUAGACA